AUGAGGAAUACACGCGCACAGUCCCACAACGCCGAGAGUUCAAAUACUAAUCACGAAGCAGAAGCAGGACGAACUCAUCCAACAAAUGGAGGAGACUUCAUGGGUCAAUUCUUGAGCGCUUUACAGGGUUUUGUCCAACAGCAGGCCCAAACUCAGGCUACCCAAACCGACCUAAACCGAACCUCUAACACGAUAGAUCAAGCUGUAGAGCGAUUUCGAAACUAUAAUCCACCACGAUUCAAUGGACGUGAUGGACCGCUAGCAGCCGAAGAGUGGUUGGAAGAGCUUGAACGUAUCUUCACUCACAUCAACUGUAGUGAUGAGCAGAAAGUUUCAUGCGCUGUUUUUCAACUCAAAGAGGACGCUCGACAAUGGUGGAAACAUUUCUAUCGUCUGUUGGGGAAGGAAGAUCGCAAUGUUCUAAAUUGGAAAAUUUUCAAGGAGGUGGUAAUGAAUAAAUACUUUCCUCUCUCAUUCAGAGAAAAGAAGGAGACCGAGUUCUUUGAGUUGAAACAAGGGAAUAUGACUAUAGAGGAGUAUGAAAGGAAAUUCAAUGAGUUGGCCCGUUUUGCUCCACACCUAGUUGAUACAGAAGAUAAGAUGAUCGCUAGGUUCAGAAAAGGGUUAAGAAUUGACAUCAAAGGAAUUAUGGCUGCACAUGUGAUUGACGAUUUCAGCGACCUGGUUAAGCGAGCAGAAGAAGUGGGCACGGCUCUUGGAACAAACCAUCCUACAUCAAAAUCGACAAAUCAACCAAUGAAGAGGAAAUGGGAAAAUCCUAACCAAAGUGGAGGAAACUUCCAAGAUAAGAGGUCGAAAUUUGGCGGAACACCUGCUGUUGUUCUAUUUGAUUCUGGAGCUUCACACUCAUUUAUUUCCCUUAAGUUUUGUCAAAAGAAUAAGAUCAUUUGGGAGGUAGAGAACUUAGACUUGAACAUAAGUAUUCCCUCUGGAGAAUCCAUUAAGACUAAUAGGAUUGCUAGAAAAAUUUCCUUGAAUUUUAGGAAUAGAAAGCUUGAAGCUGACUUAUACCUUAUCGAAAUGCACGAUUUCGAUGUGAUUCUGGGGAUGGAUUGGUUAAGUCGAAACCAUGCAACAAUUAAGUGCCGCGAAAGAGAAGUCGUGUUCAAAAUACCAGGGGAGAAAGAAGUUGCUAUUCAAGGAUCAAAGUUAAGGAAAAUGCCCAUGGUGAUAUCUGCUAUGAAGGCGAUGAAGAUAUUGAAUAAAGGAGGCUGCAACGCUUAUUUGGUGAGCAUAGUAGGCAAGGAAAAUGAUGAACUCACCCUUGAAAAUGUUCCAGUAGUAUGCGAAUUCCCCGAUGUUUUCCCCGAAAAUCUACCUGGAAUACCACCUGAUAGGCAAGUAGAGUUUACGAUCGAUUUGUUACCUGGAGUAGCACCUGUUUCGAAAGCA